CACAUACACUACACCUCGGCUUCCCUCAGAUCCCUUCCUGUGUUUUUUCUGCUCCCUUUUGAUGUGGUGAUGGUUCCUGUUGGUUGGCAUUGCAUUGGUCGUUGUCGUGUUGCGGUUGGCUGGCCGGGUGACUGACUGGCCGCCUGACCUGAUCGAUGCUCCCUCUCUCUGUGUGUCUGCUGCAUUGCAUGUGUCGUAUUGGUCAGCCAUGCAAAGCCAUCUGACACAAACGGGACACGCCCCUUACUUGGCCACUUUGGCCAUUCGUAAACUAUCCCAUAUAAGUUUCGAGGAAGAGAACCACCCGAACCACCUGAAAGGAGAGGAUCAUGCUGGGACACGGGACUCUUCCGCAUUAUAUUCAUUCUCCUUGUCCCGGCCCUCCCAGUCUGUUCAGUUGUUCCCUAAGUCCCUCCAUCCCCCUCUCUCUGUUCAAUCGCAAGACAACUUCGUGACACAAGAUGAAGGACAUCGAGUCAGGCGUCAAGGUGCGAGAGCGCGCGGCUUCCGAGACCACCGACAAAGGCCUGGCACACGGCCACCACAAGUUCCCCGUCGUGGCCGUUGUGGCGCUCGCCGCCAUUGCUGUGGCCGUGGCUGGACUGGUCGUGGGAGCCGUUGCCCUGCAGAAAGCCGUCUUCAAGGAGACUGCCACGGACGGCGUGGUGAGUGGAGUGCAUGGCAGAUCUAUCGAAUACAGACAGGGAGGGGGAGGAGGGCAAGGUGUGUGUCGAUGACUGUCUGUCUGUCUGGUUGUGUGUGUUUGGUGUGUGCAGAUGGUGCACAUGACGGCCGGAGCGGACGAUCAGCAUCGAGUCCUGCAGGCUUUGUGCAUGGCCAACCGCAUGGUAAGCACAUGAAAGAGCCGCUGUGCAAAAUUGAGCGUAUGUGUGUGUGUGUGUGUGUGUGUGUGCAGGUCGACGCGGGCAAGGACGUGAUUGUCUUCUGCGAUGUCGACUGCCCCCCGCUGAUGGCCAAGACUGCCGAGGACUUCACUGUCGAGGAGGCCCCUUGUGUGGCCGACACAUCCAAGAGUGGUCUAAUUGACAAGCUGGUGGCCAGGGGGGUGCCGAUCUCUGUGUGCCCGGGGUGCGUCGCCAAACACGGCCUCUCGAUGGAGGACCUCAGAGACGGUGUUGACGAGGUGACCAGCCACACACACACACACACACACACACACAGACGGGAGGGAGGGAGGGAGGAGUGCAUCAUCGAUGACACACGCGUGUGUGUGUGUGUGCAGCACGACGCCAACGAGUUCUUCGCGUUCACGGAAGGGCGGAUGCUCCAUUUCGACUACUGACUGAUUGCACAGCCCAGCCAGCCGCGUGUGUUGCGUUGGGUGGCUCUCUUUCUUCUAUGCGUGUCAGUCGUGUGAGCCACCCUCUCUCCCUCCCACACAGCGUUUCUAAUGUGCUCUUUUUGGUGUCUGUCUGUCUGCGUGUGUGUGCCUAUACGGAUGGCCGGCCAUUGUGGCGCGGCGCGUGUGGAUAUGGGGUGGGUGCGUCAGUCACUCACUCAGCCAGGGGUGCACUGCGGCACAGGGGCGUGUGCGACCGAGUGACAGCUUCCUUUGUCCAUCGCCCAUUCGCAGAGGGGCUGUGUGCUUGGGCGAUGGACGGCAUGUGACACGUGUGUGUGUGUGUGUGUGUGUGUGCCCUUUAUCGUAUGCGCGUUGUGUGUAUCCUUGCUCUUUUUAUACUUAUAUGUAUGUGGAUUACAUCACCUGUCAUGGCGCUUCAUGUGGGUCUGUGGCUGCCAUGCUAUGCGUGUGGCGCGUUUUCCGUCCGCAGGACAGAUCGACGGAUGGGCCACUUUGUGUGGUGUGGGUGUGGGUGUGGUGUGUUGUGUGCCCAUGCGGUCGUGUGCAUGCUGCAAGGAUGGAUGGAUGGAUGGAUUGGAUUGCUCGGUGAGAGUGAGUGGGUGCAUGAUGGACAAUACGAUUGCUGUACAUAUGAAACCAUUCGAAC